AUGGCGGAAGUUCCUGGUGGAGGCGUUGGCUCAGCGCCGAUGCUUCGUUGGAGCAAGCUGGAGACGAUGGCCAGACGCAACGAGGAGCCGCCUACGCGCCGCUCGGGUCACUCGCUGUCCAUCGUGGGCUCCAGCGGCUAUUUGUUCGGUGGUUGUGACUACGCGGAGCCUCCUGGGCCGACCAACGACCUGUUCGCACUUAAGAUAAAUGCCAAUGCUCCGAGCGAAUGGGAGCGACUACGCUCGCCCCUAAAUGGCGCGUGGCCGCCACCACGAUGGAAACACUCGGCAACUGUCGUGGACAACAAGAUCUACGUCUUCGGCGGUUUUCAAAGCAGCGCCACAAGGUUCAACGACUUGUGGAUCUUUAAUCCGAUUACACUGGACUGGAGCCAAUCUGGAGCGGGCUCUGGGGGUCUCAACAGUAAUAUCCAUCGUGCUAGUGUGGCCAAACCUGUGACCGCAGCACUGCCAGCACCAAGAGGGGCCCAUUCAGCGGUGGCUGUUCGACGCAAUAUAUACGUGUUUGGAGGAUAUGGGGGCACAGGGUACGGCCGAAGAGACUUCGACGACUUGUAUAUGCUACGCACCGAUGAUCUGAGCUGGACUAAAGUUACAUGCAAGGGCAAAUCACCGGACAAACGAGCUGGUCACCAAGCAUGCGCGGUGGAUGAUCUGAUGCUCGUAUGCGGAGGCUGGAAUAGUGUGGCUCAGUUUAAUGACUUGCAUAUAUUUGACUCGACGGUGAACUCGUGGACUCUGGUGGAAGGCACUCAUAUGGCUACGACGCUACCGAGAUGGAAUCACGCUUGCUGUGCAGUUUUAGCUAUUCCUCACGCGAAAGUUUUCGUGUUUGGGGGUGUCGUUGGAGAAGCGAACAACUACAACGCACAAGGGAGCUAUAUGAACGAUCUGAGUGUGCUUGAUACGGGUGAACUGAGCUGGAGUAUUCCAGAGAUCGAGGGAACCCCCCCUUGCGGACGAAGUGACACUACACUAGCCUACGAUGAUAAGGGUAGCCGUCUCAUUGUUUUCGGUGGCUGGGCUAAUGUAUGGCUCAAUGACAUUUUCUACCUAGACGUUAGCUGCGUCGUUGGACCCCCGUAUGGUAUUACAGCUAUUUUCCCGGACUUUGGACCGAUUACGGGUGGUACGCCUUUGGUGAUAGAAGGCAUUGAUUUUGUCAAUAAGCCUGUGACCAUCAGAUUCUCGUCUCGAAAAGGAUCUGUGGACGUUCCAGGUGAAUAUGUCAAUGAUCACACGCUAAAUGUUGUAGCACCAGACUUCUCCGCAUUUCCUGCCGGGGAUGUUCAGAUCCGCGUCGCACUGCAGAGUGAUUCAUUCACGACGACUUUUCAAACGUAUAACUAUUUCUCUGUUACUCAUGCGCCUUUAUGUUUUGCGUACGGCCCUGGUGUAUUGUCUGAAGGUGCUAGUGGUGAGCCUACUUGCUUCAUGAUUCAAGCGAGAGAUGCUCAGCGUAACUUGCGGACGCGGGGUGGAGACGAAUUUGUCGUGGAAGUUUCUGCAGAUGAAUCUGGCCCAAUGUUCUUGCCGAGCUUACAAAUUCAGGACCUGCUUAACGGCAAGUACUUAGUGAGUUACACGGUACCAAGCCCGGGGGAAUAUGAAGUCAAAAUCGAAUUCCAAGGUACAUUUGGUGGCAGUGCCGGUCAGAUCCGUGGAUCUCCGUACAUGGCUACAUUCGACGACAUUGUUACUCGUGAAAUGAACUUAAUGACGGGUAAGCUCGUACUGGAUCAAGUGUUGCAUGAUUUGCAAGGACUCCAGCAGUCGACGCGAGAGUGCAAUAUCGGUCUGGAACAACCUUUGUCAGACCCAACCUGGACACCCGAUCAAAUCACAGCUGCGUUAAUCAAACUAAAAGAGCAUGUCUUCAUGGUCGAGAAGCGCGGAGAAGCGACAUCUUUAUCGAUCGAAGAACUCCGAGCAGAAAUCGCUUUUCUUAAGGACGCAGGCAUUGUGGUAGCAAAGGAACAAGACAUAUUGAUGGCUGUUGAAAGCGCUUGGGGUGAGGUCCUGAAGAAGGUUCCAGCUGCAAGUAAUCGUAUCGCACCAUUAAUCGCGACCCAGAGUUUAAAAUUCCGUGACGAGGUUGCUGCGUAUGUGGAAGAGUUGCAAGCAAAAGAAGCACAGCUUAAGAUAAAGAGCUUCUGGAGUUUUUCUACUGGAGUUAAUGCCGCUCUAUCGUUAAUCAACGAAGAGCUGGUAAAUGCGGGAAAGGACAAGGCAGCUUUCAAGCGCAAGAAGCAUAUUGCAGAAAUUCUGGAAUGUGAAGAUUUGAUGGACCCGUGCGCUUCCAUUUUGAAAGCUAUUCAGCGGACACUGCAACACUGUCAUCAAAUGUGGGACUCCAUCUCAGAAGUAACAAGGAAAAUUGAUCUAUCGCGAGGAAUUCCGUGGAGCAUGAUCGAUGGCGUUGUAUUGGAAGAAGAAGCCAAGGCAUUUCUAUCGCUAGUGAAAGCCACCCACAAGGACAUCCGGGACUGUGACGCGUUCAAAAUGUUUGAACGCCUUGUAAAAGACUUUUUGAGCACGUGUCCGCUGUUUCAAGCUUUGCGUCAUCCAUCGAUGCGAAGACGCCAUUGGCAAGAUCUCAUUGCUGUCACAGGCAAGACCUUCGAGUGCCCAGACGACAACCCAUCUCUUAAGUUUACAGAUAUUCUAGCUUUAAACUUGCAUGAAUUUCAGCGCGAUGUGGAAGAAAUCACAGACCGAGCACAGAAGGAGGCCAAACAAGAGUCUGUUAUGCAAGAACUCGAGAACCGUUGGUCGACUAUUUGCCUAACAAUGACACCGUACAAAGACACGGCGGUGCCGUUACUACACAUGGCGGAAGAUGACGUAGAGAUGCUGGAAUCUGAUCAGUUGCUUGUGCAAGGCAUGUCUUCAGGGCGAAAUAGGUUCUUUCAAGAGCAGACACAACAAUGGCGGUCGAAGCUUAUGCUCGUUUCCGAAAUUGCUGGAGCGUUGCUGGAAAUACAGCGGUCGUGGUCGUAUUUGGAGCCGCUCUUCAUGCAGUCGGAAGAAGUUAAACGGGAGCUUCCUGACGAAGCUGCGAGAUUUGAACAUGUGGAUGAGCUCGUUCGACAAACGCUGGACAAGAUGUGGGACCAAGAACCGCCGGGAAAUAUCUUGCUAGCCUGCCAGCUUCCUGGACUGCUUGCAUUGCUGAAUGACCUUCGUGCCCGGUUGGAGAAGUGCCAGCAAGCACUGAAAGAGUAUCUUGACUCAAAACGCCGCAUGUUCCCGCGUUUUUAUUUCAUUUCUGAAGCUGAUUUACUCGAUAUCUUAUCGAAUGGCAGUAACCCACAGAAGAUAAUGGUUCACCUCGAGAAGGUAUUCCUGGCUACACAAACACUCCAACUAGCGAUGGAACGUGGUGGGGCAGGCGGCUCAAUGUUGGCUACCCACUUCAUUUCCAACGACUUUACAAAAGAAAUGAUAUCAUUUGAGAACAAAUUACAUUUGGAAGGUAAGGUGGAGAUGUACAUGCAGACGAUAUUGGAGUCUAUGCAACUUACCUUAAAGGGACAUGCAACUCGAUCGAUCACUCGAUUCCCCGAGCAAAACCGAGUGGACUGGCUAUUGCAAAAGGUUCCAUCAGCUACUGAAGGAGUGACACAAAAGGAUAACGUGGAUGCUGCUCAAAUUGCUUUACUUGUGGCUGGAAUUGAAUAUGCGAGAAGUGUUGAGAGUGCUUUUGGGCUACUAUCGAAAGGCCACGCGACGGCCAUGAAAGAGCUUUUGAAGAAAAUUGUGAUUCAGCUUACUGAUCUCAUUAAGCUGACACAAACUACCUUGUCCAAAGGAGAUCGCCAGCGAGCAAUGUGCAUGAUUACGAUGGACGCACAUUCACGGGAUAUUGUACAGAAGCUCCUAUACGAAGAGAUCACCUCGCCUAGUUCGUUUCUUUGGCAGUCACAGCUAAAGCAAAGACGGUCGGAUGAUCAAAACCACACAUAUCUCGAGAUUUGUGACGCUACUUUUGACUACGGAUUUGAGUAUUUGGGAAAUGGUCCAAGGCUCGUGAUUACCCCCCUAACAGACAGAAUUUAUGUUACGGCCACUCAGGCGCUUCAUAUUCAGAUGGGCUGUGCUCCUGCUGGGCCUGCUGGAACAGGAAAAACUGAAACGACGAAAGAUCUGGCAAAUAUGGUCGGCAAAAUAUGCUACGUAUUCAACUGCUCACCGGAAAUGGACUACAAGAAUUUAGGUAACAUUUUUAAAGGACUGGCUAGUGCAGGAGCAUGGGGCUGCUUUGAUGAAUUCAACCGACUAGCGCCAGAAGUACUGUCGGUUUGCUCCGUCCAGUUUAAGGCGGUCUGCGAUGGGAUUCGAAGUGAAAGCACGCAUGUUAUGGUGGAAGGUGACUCUGUCAAGCUCGAUCCCACAUGUGGUACGUUCAUCACGAUGAAUCCCGGCUACCUUGGGCGAUCGGAACUACCCGAAGGCUUAAAAGCACUAUUUCGCCCCAUUACAGUUAUGGCACCCGAUCUUGUGCUGAUUUGUGAAAACAUGCUAAUGGCGGAAGGAUUCCGAGAAGCCAAGCUGCUAGCUGCAAAGUUUUUUAGUCUGUAUUCACUACUUAGCGAGCUUCUUUCUAAGCAAGAUCAUUACGACUGGGGUCUAAGAGCAGUCAAGAGUGUACUUGUUGUCGCUGGAUCGUUCAAGCGUGCCGAACCGAAGCUUUCUGAGCAUGAAAUCCUGAUGCGCUCACUCCGAGAUUUUAACUUGCCCAAAAUCGUGAAGCAAGACCUCCUCGUGUUUAACGGCCUGCUUAGCGACCUGUUCCCUAACUUAAAUCUACCUCGUAAAAUCGACGAGGUAAUGGAAAAGUAUGUACACGUUGCGUGCGAAGAUCGCGGACUUUGGCCUCAUGAGCAAUUUCGGCUCAAAGUUAUUCAGCUGGAAGAAUUAUUAGCCAUCCGCCACUGUGUCUUCGUAAUGGGGCCACCUGGAAGUGGCAAGACUGAGUGCUGUGAAACUCUUGUCGCUGCCCGAAAGAAGAAAGGUGAGGAAUACGUGACAAGAGUUAUUGAUCUCAACCCCAAGGCGGUUUCUACUGAAGACCUGUACGGCUAUAUGGUGCUCGGGACACGAGAGUGGAAAGAUGGUCUUCUGUCUAAGAUAAUGCGUGAUGUGGCCAGUGGUUCAGCUACAGACACUCGGCCAAAAUGGAUCGUAUUGGAUGGAGAUCUGGAUGCUAAUUGGAUUGAAUCGAUGAAUUCCGUCAUGGAUGACAAUAAAAUGUUAACCCUUGCGUCAAAUGAGCGUAUUCCUGUCAAGCCGAAUAUGCGACUUCUUUUUGAAAUUCGAGAUUUGAAAUAUGCAACCCCCGCUACCGUCUCGCGCGCGGGUAUCUUGUAUAUUUCUGAUGAUGAUGGCUUUCAGUGGAGAUCGUUCUUGGCGAGCUGGGUAGCGACUAAAGGAACGUCUGUUCAGCAGCGUACAGCUUUGGGAGAAGCUAUGAACAAGUACAUCGAUCCAAUUAUUGCAUUCGUGAAGCAGUCUUGUAAGACUAUCGUGCCCAUGCAGGAAAUAACUUUGGUUCAUACGUACCUUUACUUCCUUGACGCCGUACUGGACGCUGAAACGCUUCGGGAUUCGAAGAAAGUUGACAUUCUGAGUGGGUUCAUCUCUGUCUGGGCAUUUGGUGCUGCUCUUACGAUCACGGAUGAUGGAACAGAUUAUCGCAAAUUAUUUAGUGAAUGGUGGAGAAGCGAGUUUAAGCACAUCAAGUUUCCCGCUCGUGAUACUGUCUUCGAUUAUUGGCUUGACCCUAACACACUUUCGUUCGAUACAUGGCGCGCGUCGCCGUACUUUAAGGCUGUUCAAUUCGAUGGAUCUGUUGCCAUGUCAUCGGUUACUGUGCCUACUCCCGAGACUGCCUCAAUCACGAGUUGGAUGAGCGUAAUGGUCCGUGAAGAGCGUCCGUUCAUGCUGUGUGGCAACGCAGGCACUGGCAAGACCCAGCUGAUUCAAGGCUUGCUUAAUAACCUAGACUGUCGGGGAUCUGCUUCUUCGUCUGCAUCGUCAACAAUGUCAACGAAAGGACCAGCGGCUAGCAUGAGUAUCAACUUCAAUUACUACACAAAUGCAUACGCGCUCCAAGCUAUACUCGAGUCAAAGCUAUCGAAACGAGUUGGCUCAACAUUUGGGCCUACGGUUGGGGAACAGUUGAUCUACUUCCUUGAUGACCUGAACCUUCCUCAAAUCGACCCGUAUGGGACCCAAAGUGCCAUCGCUUUACUCCGCCAGUAUUUGGACUAUGGCCAUUGGUACGACAGAGCUAAGUUCUCGCUGAAACAGAUCGUAAAUGUGCAGUUUUUGAGUUGCAUGAACCCCAAUGCUGGAAGUUUCAAUAUCAACCCGCGACUUCAACGGCAUUUCGUAACGUUUGCGCUACCACAACUCAGUGCAGCAAGCCUACAAGUAAUUUACACCACUUUUCUCGAAGGUUACGCGGCUGAUUUUGUUGAAGAUAUCCGGAAGAUGUCCCAGUCUAUACUGAAAGCUGCACUAAAUCUUCACGUGCAGGUUUGCAGCACGUUUCGGAAGACGGCUGCAAACUUUCAUUACGAGUUUAAUAUUCGGCAUGUAGCGAAUGUCUUCCAAGGUUUGCUGAUGGCGAAGCCACCGACCUUUGAAGAUCCGCUAAAGUUUGCGCUGUUGUGGGUGCACGAAUCGGCCCGCGUCUAUGGAGACCGCUUAGUGUCAGCACAAGAUCAAGCCAAAUUCACGUCUAUCGUGCAGCAGCAAGCACGGAAGUGCUUUCCUGCGCUGAACUUCAUGCGUUAUUUUGCCCCUGCUGCGUCAGGCUCAGAAAACGGUAAGGAGUCGUCCCUGCUUCAGUCGGACCCGAUUUUAUUUUGUCAUUUUGUGAACGGUUUGCGUACGAACGAAUACGACCAAGUCGUGUCCGUCCAAGUCCUGCAUGCUACAGUUGAAGAAGCACUGUCCGAGUACAAUGAGCUAAACGGGAAGAUGGAUCUGGUAUUGUUCAAGGAUGCCUUGGAGCAUAUUGCUCGGAUCGUGCGCAUAAUUUCAAACCCAUCGGGUCAUGCACUACUCGUCGGUGUUGGUGGGAGUGGACGGAAAUCAUUGGCACGCUUAAGUGCUUUCAUUUGUGGAUACUCGCUUGUCGAGAUCACAAUUACGCAGGCAUACUCAUUACUGGACUUCAAAACGGAUCUUCAGAAUAUGUUCCUGAAGGCGGGCGUUAAAGGUGACGGUGUUGUUUUCCUCUUCGACGACAACCAGAUCAAGAACGAACGAAUGCUCGUGUAUUUAAACGACCUUCUGUCAAGUGGAAAUGUUCCAGAUUUGUACAACGCCGACGAGCAAACGAAUCUAAUUCAACAGUUCCAGCCAAAGAUGAUGGCUGCGUUGGCAGCAAGUGCUGCUUCAAACCCUAUUGGCGACUCCAGUGCCGCCAUGAAUCUUAGCUCUGAAGGUUCCGAAAAGGAGCGUGCUUGGCGAUGGUUUAUACAAGAAAUCAAACGCAACCUGCACAUUGUUCUUUGUUUCUCUCCGGCAACUGCCGACUUCCGGAUGCGAGCGCGAAAGUUCCCGGCAUUGGUGAAUUGCGCGCUUAUCGACUGGUUUCAGCCGUGGCCAAAAGAAGCAUUGCGCUCGGUUGCUGCGCGCUUUAUAUCCUUCGAAAGUCUCCCUCAGCUGAAUCCUCCCGAGCAUGUCGUGAUGGCUGUACAAAAUUUCAUGCCCUUUGCUUUCCAGAGCACAAAUACUGUAGCGAAGGAGUUCUUAUCACACGAAAAGCGCCACGUAUAUUCCACUCCGAAGUCGUAUCUCGAGUGCCUGACAUUGUACCGGCGACUUUUAUUGCAGAAGCACACGAACCAUCAAAAAGCAAUGCAACGGCUCCAAAGUGGCUUGGAGAAGAUGGAGUCAACAGGAGAUAUUGUGGCAACGAUGGAGGAAGAGUUGAAACGCACGCUAGAAGAAGCUGAGAAGAAGAAAGUGAUUGUAGAGGAGCUUGCUGCACGACUGCGGAAAGAAAAAGAAAUCGUGGAGAAUGAAACAGCUCGAGCAAACGUCGAGCGUGAGAAAUGUGCCGUCAUUCAGACUGAUGUGUCCGUGAAGAAGGCGGAUACGGAGGCAGAUCUUGCGCAAGCUCAACCGAUGGUCGAUGCCGCGAUGGCAGCUUUAGAUACACUCAACAAAAAAGAUCUUGGAAACUGUAAGACUAUGGCGAAGCCUCCAGCAGGUGUGGGCGACAUAUUUGGUGCUGUGACUGUGCUUUUCGCUGGCGUGAAUCCAAACAUUGUCAUCCAAAAAAACGGCAAGGUGAAAGACAAAGAUCGAUCAUGGGAAGCCUCGAAGAAGGUAUUGUUAGGGAAUAUUAACGCCUUGGUUGAAGAGUUGAAAGGAUUCAAGGAAUUGGUGGACAACCAGCAGGUUCCAGAGGUCAACUGGAAAGAAAUUCGUCCGUUCUUACAGCUUGAAUAUUUUAAUGUGGAAGCGAUCGAAAAAAAAAACUCCGCGGCCGCUGGACUAUGUGCUUGGGUGAUCAACAUUGUGGCCUACUACGACGCUAUAGUUGUGGUGGAGCCAAAGAAGCGAGCAUUAGAAGAAGCUAACGAAAAGCUACGGGUUGCCAACGAGAGACUUGAGCUCGUAAAUCAAAAGGUGACAGCGCUGGAAGAGAAGCUUUCCACUUUGACCGAAGAGUUUGACAAGAUCAAUAACGAGGUUCUCGACGCAGUGGCCUUGCUGGAGAGGGGACGACUUCGUAUGGAACUCGCUCGACGGCUAGCAAAUGCACUAGGAAGUGAAAGUGAACGGUGGGCUAAUGAACUCGAACAGCUCCGCGCAAGUGCUGAAAUGUUGGUCUGCGACGUUGUGAUCGCUGCGAGUUUUGUGUCGUACGUCGGUGCCUUCACAAAGCCCUUCAGAGAUUUGCUAAUCAACGAAAAGUGGCUGCCGUUCCUGCGUAAAUCGUUGGCUGAAUCAUCAUCAAAGGCUGAUAAAGAUAAGGUACCACCCACCGCUAUGACUGAAGUCGGCAACCCAUUGCAGAUUCUUGCGACACCAUCGGAAAUUGCUGAGUGGAACACAAAAGGCCUUCCGAGUGACCGUGUGUCGGUCGAGAAUGGCGCUAUCGUGCGCAAUAGCUCUCGCGCCCCGCUAUUGAUUGACCCACAACUUCAAGGUAUAUAUUGGCUGCGAGAAAUGGAGAAGCAUGCUCGGCGUGCUGCACCAAGUUCACUGCAGGUUGUACGUCAAGACCAGCCAAAUCUGCCUCUUCUAUUGGAAUCAGCAGUGGAGCACGGGUACACGGUGAUCGUAGAAAACAUGGGGGAAAAGCUGGAAGUGUGUUUGUGGCCGGUGAUCUCUCGGUCUACUACGGUGCGCGGACAUAAAACUUUACUGAAAAUGGGAGACAAGUUGGUUGAGCUACACCCCGAUUUCCGUCUGUAUCUACACACAAAAUUGUCGAAUCCACACUACCCGCCUGAGCUGCAGGCAGAGACAUCGAUGGUCAACUUUGCUGUGACUCAGCAAGGUUUAGAGGACCAACUUUUAUCGCUUGUAGUACGCAAAGAGUGGUCCAAGAUAGCGAAAGUCCGUACUGCACUCAUCCAUCAGCAGAACGAAUUCAAAAUUCGAAUUCAGACGUUGGAGGACCGUAUUCUGUCAAGUUUAGCCGACGCUGAAGGCGAUGUUACGGAAAAUGUGCAGGUAAUCACAGAUUUGGAGACAACUAAAGCUACAGCUCAGGAAAUCGCGAAAAAGGCCGCCAAGGCUACGGAGUAUGAGGUCCAAAUUAACGAGCUGAGCGCAAAGUACCAGUCAGUGGCGAAUCGUGGAGCACUUCUGUUCUUUCUCAUGAAUGGGAUGCAUCGCAUGCAUUCGUAUUAUGUGUAUUCUCUGAAUGCAUACGUUGUGAUCUUUCAGCGCGGUAUUGACCUGGUUCAACCCGACAAGGACCCUGGGAGGCCGCCAUCCUCAAGUGGCGGUGGGCUACUCGGUCGCUUAAAGGCUGCUGCUAAGAAGAUUAUCGUUUCGCAACGCUUUCAGUGGAAUUCGGAUUUACUAUUGGCAGAUCGAGUCGUGGACAGCAAUACCGAACAAGAUCUGGAUGUUCUCAUGAAAGAAACAGAUCAGCAAGAAAUGCCUUCAAAUGCCCAGGUCGAAGCGCGGUGCACACAGCUCAAAAACUCCAUCACCGACGUUGUUUUUAAUUACAUUCGUCGUGGUCUUUUCGAGAAGGAUAAGCUGACUUUAGCCACACAGCUGUGCUUUGCAAUUUUGCGGUCCGAAAUGAAGAUCGAGGCAGUCGAUGUACGGCAGCUCGUGACUUGCGGUACUGCGAGUGACAUGGGCUCAGGAAUGGGACUUCUUAGCGAGUGGAUGACCGAGACGGUGUGGCUGCGCGUGCGUAAACUUGAAGAAAGCAUAGCAGGGCUGCAGAAGCUCACGACGCUCAUGCGGUCUGAUAGUGACGAGUGGAGAGAAUGGUGCGAUGCGGAAAAGCCGGAGUUGAAGCCUCUUCCGGGGCAAUUCAAAACAUCGGUCACACCAAUCCAGUUGCUGCACCUUGUCCGGGUCUUGCGUCCGGAUCGAAUGAUCUUUGCCCUGAGAUCCUUUCUCAGUGAUACUUUUGGGAAGCAGAUGGUACAACAGCCUCCUUUUGACAUGGAGGCUGCGUAUCAAGAAACUAGCGCCUCAACUCCGAUGUUCUUCGUAUUAUUUUCUGGUGUUGAUCCAACCUCGUGGGUGGAAACACUUGGUAAAAAGUUUGAGUUCACGUACGAACGAGGAAAUCUUACGAACAUUUCGAUGGGUCAAGGACAGGAGGAAUAUGCUGACAAUACACUUAUGAAAUCCUCUCGGGAAGGAAGCUGGGUGAUCCUUCAGAAUAUCCAUCUGAUGCAAUCAUGGUUACCUAGGUUGGAGCGCUCACUGGAGGUUUACUCUGUGUCUGCAGACCAGAAUUUCCGAUGUUUUCUGUCUUCUGAGGGGCCAGCGUUAGCAUCGCUCAGUAACCUGCCAGAGUCGCUACUUCAAAAGUUGCAAACGAAGCUCCGACCGACCUGAAGAGCAAUUUGCGUCGUGCGUGGGCUAAUUUCUCUGUCCAACAACUCGAAGACUGUGCGCAGCCUAACGAGUAUCAAGGCUGUUUAUUCGCACUGUGUUUCUUCCACGCGCUGGUAUUGGGACGACGAAGAUUCGGGUGUCAAGGAUGGAGUCGUCCGUACAGCUUCAACACCGGAGACUUACUCAUCUGCUCGGACGUACUUCGACGGUACCUUGACACUGCGGCGACUAGCAGGUCGAAGAGCUUACCAUGGGACGAUUUGCGCUACAUUUUCGGUGAAAUCAUGUAUGGAGGACACAUCACGGACCAUUGGGACCGUAUCACUAACAACACGUAUCUAAACGAAGUCUUCACCCGAGAAAUUCUGCAGGGCAAGGAGCUCACUGCUGGCUUCAAAUGCCCAGAUCCAUUCACUUACAGCUAUAGCAAGUAUGUCGACCACAUUGAAACGCAAUUGCCAAGCGAAUCGCCUACGGUGUACGGACUACAUCCUAACGCAGAAGUGGGGUAUCUGGUAGAGGCGGCCAACGAAUUAUUCGCAACUAUUGCCAAGUCCCAGCCAUCUGCAGGGCCAUCUACGCCUCCUAGUGGCUCUGCAGCAACGAGUUCAGGUGGAGCAGUAAGCGAAAACGCCCAAGUGUAUGCGAUUGUGGAAGAUCUACUGGAAAAACUUCCACCAGAGAUUGACCUUGCUGACUUACAAGCAAAGGCAGAACCGCUUCUGACAACGGAUCAAUCUCCGUACGUUGUGGUUGCACUGCAAGAAGCAGCUCGUAUGCACACACUGCUCCACGAAAUUCAAAGUAGCCUGAUUGAGCUCACGAAAGGAAUUCAAGGCACGUUGAACAUGACGGAACCGAUGGAAGAUCUCAUGGCGGCUUUGUUAAUCAACCAAGUACCUGGUCGCAAUGUGCUGCACAUGUGUUCCUGGGAGCGCUACGCGUGGUGGUCUCGUAAGUCGUUGUCUCUUUGGUUCGCAGAUCUGUUGGAUCGCAUCCAGUUCCUCUCGAACUGGACGAGUGAGUUCCGGUUGCCGUAUUCGAUGUGGAUCUCGGGGCUCUUUAAUCCUACCGCGUUCCUCACUGCUAUCAAGCAGUGCACCGCACGAACCCACGGUAUUCCGCUCGACUCCAUGGCUAUCGAAACACAUGUGACUCCAAUCACAGAAGCUGAGGGCGUCGAAUCCUAUCCUGAAAUGGGCGCAUACAUCCACGGCUUGUUCAUGGAAGGCGCACGAUGGGAGUUCCCAAUGAAAGACGGCGAAAAGACGUCACCCUUCUCGUACGAUGUCGAUUCCAUUGCUUGUGGUGGACAUUUGGUGGACCCCAUGCCGAAGGAGCUGUUGCCUGCUGCACCUGUAAUCUAUGCACGAGCUGUGGUGAUUGACAGCAAGUGGGAAGCCACAGCAGUGGGUCAUUUCCGACGCAAUAAGGAGGUAUUUGAUUGUCCUGUGUACCAGACAACACUGCGAGGACCGACGUACGUGUUCCUGGCUACACUUAACACAAUCCAACCGAAGGCGAAGUGGACGCUGGCCGGCGUAGCGCUCGUCAUGCAGCGAGAUUCAUAG